AUGGUCCUCCCACUCUCGGACAAUUCUUCCUCUUCAUGUCAGCCGGCCUCUGCGUCAGCUGCUUCUACUCAACCCUCCGCAGCCGCAGCCAACCCCACCCAGGCCGGCCAACCCACCGGGGCUGGCGUAAAUACCGGCGCCGGCACUACCCGGCCCAAGACGCAGGCCGAAAUCGAGGCAGACCGUCUUUACGAAGAAAACAUGGAGGACGAGUACGCCAAGCGGGAAGGAGCGACCAGCGACCAGCGACCAGCGACCAGCGACCAGCGACCAGCGACCAGCGACCAGCUGCUUUCCUCUCUUCUAAAUAUCAUGCUUCUUAGGACGGGUUGCGUCGAGACGCCGGCUACUGUUUGCUACAUUGAUACUCCAUAAUCUUUAAAGAUAUUGCGGCACCAUGACACCUAGGUCUGUCGCCUCAAAUUGCCUACGUGUCCCUCUUAUCCUCUCUCUCACACACUCUCUCCUUUCCCUCCUUCCCUUACCCUGUGUGUCUAUGCCGGCCUGGACCCCUGCCAUACACGAAUUGGGUGAGCCUCCGUGUUAUACACCCAUCCGUUUCCCUUAUCCGCCUGUACAUGCACUUCGAGCUCCGCGUCGGCCUGGAUUAGAUAGCUGUACUUCAGAGUCUCGGCCAAGAAAUAACUCUCCUGAAAGUCCCAAAAGCGCCCUCCGCGCGGCUCGUUGACGUCCGUGAUGGCCGAGAACCCGCUACCGAUGCUGCACGUCUUGUUGAUGGCUAGGAACGCCUCCCACGCCCAUUCCUGGUAUUUGGGGUCGCCCGUCGCGCGGUAGGCGUAAUAGUAGCUUUCGAUCACC